CACAGCUCUCUUCAACUUCGCGCCAGCAGUCUGAAAUCGUCUGCUCAGCCAUAUCCUUGUCGACGGACUUCUUUUCUCUUUUCAUCUUGUCUCUGUCGCUCCUUUUCCUUGCCAGGUUCCAGGGUUCCGGCUACGUCCCACCUUGCUUAGUCGGGGCUCCAGCUCCUUAUUGUUACUGACAAUCGACAGUAGCUUAUAACCCCCCUGGCCGGGAAAUUGGGGUUCUUUUCCUAUCUGUGCAGGGCUCGCCUAGUCUAGCGUGCUGUUUUUCCUGAGCUGCGAACGCAAGGCGACUUCUUAUUGUCCCUUCAAGAAAUCUAGUCGCACUGUCGCAUAAUCUGGUUCUGGCUCUCCUUUGCAAUCUUAGUGACGAAGUUUUGAGGAUUGCUUAGUCCCAGAGGGUGUCAUAUGGCAGAGAAAAAGCGCCACGGUGCCGGACCUAGAGCAUCAUCGCAGGGAACUUCUGGCCCUACGGGUCAGGGAAUGGCCGGAGCUAUGGUGCCUUUGGAGGUCGCUUUGAGCGGUGCAAUUGGUGCACGCGUCCGCAUCACCACCGCCCCUGUGUCUUCUACAAUAGAGGGCACUUUGUUUACGGCAUGCCCUAUCACGAACCUUGUCGCUGUCAACACUGCCGCCGACAAUAAGCAGACUGCAGGCGAUUAUCGUAUCAUCCCAGUGUCGCGUAUACAGUCUUUCCAACUUCUCUCCCUCGCGCCAUCGUCCCACAAUGCAGAUGGACCGUCUUUCACUGAUGCGGUACCGCCCGUGCAUGCGCUCGAUAUCCGUGCUUUGAAGGCUCGAGAGGCUAAUGCUGUCGGUAAACUGCACGAGAGUGAGGCGCGGCGUGGCAAAGGUGUUACCCGCGAAGCCCAGGAUUUAUUCGAUGCUUUCAGUCGCACAAUGCCCACAAGGUGGGAUGGAACCAGCAUAAUCGUGGCAGAUGCAGUGGCAAUUGCCGCCCCCUAUCGUGUAGACGACUGCCGGCCAUUGGUGGCAGGUGACACGGCUGCUCUUGCCCGAGUGCGCAAGGUGCUUGAAAUGGAGCGUAAGAAGAUUGAGCUACGCAAUGCCAGUGCCUCAAUCGGUACAGCCAACACUUUUUCGCGGUCGGCUUCCGCAAAGGACGUGCGACACCCAUCUACCAACCCCAACCCGUCUCCAGGGCCCGGUGCUGCUGGACCGAGAAAGGGCGGUUGAGCACAAAGACUUUCCAUUAACUGCUAAACUGAAGGGCCUUCUUUCCAUAUAAGUCGCAUAGGAUGAAACCACCCACGAGCGCGACAGUGGGAAAUUGGGGAGUACA